UCGCGUGCGGCCUGGGUUUUCCGUGAAUGCUGCGUACGUCAUCUCGAGGUGGCCAAGUUGCGCGUGGCAAUGCCUAUCUCUCCAGCGUCGGCCCCCGGGAAGCGAUUUGCGGGAAUUGCUGCAUUGUUGAACUGAUUGAGAUAACUAUUGGAGUCCAGGGUACACAGAAAGUGGAGCAUUAAGGCCAUCUUGUUUUUGGAUGAUCAGUGAACAAGCACCAGGCAAUGGGGAAGAACAAAGGGAAAGGGCAGAAGAUCAAGAAUGUAUUUCAUAUUGCCAGCAAGAAUCUGAAAGCUAAAAACAAAGCAAAACCAGUCACCACUAAUCUUAAGAAGAUAAACAUUGUGAAUGAAGACAAAGUUAGAACUGCAAGUAAGGUAUUUAUAGAUAUCCAAAAAGAACUUGCACACUUCUCAAAAAGGCUGUCACUUGAACCACUACCAAGGCAUCCAAUUUCUCAGCAUUCUGAAGGCGAAACAAUUAGUGUGGAUGAUGCUACAAGAUUAAUGGCUCAGUUGUAAUGUAUUUGGAUUCUAUAAAAUGGACCAACAAAACU